GCCACACUCACACUCCCACAGUCCCACUCCCCUGCCCCCCUACAUUUUAUUUCACCAUUCAUCUCCUCCUCCUCUCCUCUGUCACAUAAAAAAACAGAGGAAAGCAAAUUCCUUUAUUUUUAUUAAUAUUAUUAUUAUUCUUAUUAGUAUUUAUUUAUUUUUUCUCACAGAAGCAAAAAAAUGAGGCGUGGAAUCUGAAUAGCUUCUCUCUGCUUAGCUUUCGCUGCGAGAGUCCCAAUAUGGGUUGGGGGUGGGUUUGAAUGAGAGACCCAGAAGAGUACUCUCUCUCGACCUAAAUUCCACCUGUAUUGGUUUAUCAAUGGCAGCUUCGGAGGCAGCUCAGGAGGUGCUCCCGUGGCUCAAAACCUUACCUUUGGCUCCGGAGUACCACCCGACCCUAUCCGAGUUCCAAGAUCCGAUUUCCUACAUUUUCAAGAUCGAGAAGGAGGCCUCCAAGUACGGAAUCUGCAAAAUCGUACCGCCGGUGCCGCCCUCGCCGAAGAAGACCGCAAUUGCGAACCUGAACCGGUCUCUGUCGGCGCGGAACCCAGAGUCCGAGCCCACAUUCACGACCCGGCAGCAGCAGAUCGGGUUCUGCCCGAGAAGGCCCCGCCCGGUUCAGAGACCCGUGUGGCAGAGCGGCGAGUACUACACGUUCGAGCAGUUCGAGGCCAAGGCGAAGGCCUUUGAGAAGAACUAUUUGAAGAAGUGUGGUGGUGGUGGGAAGAGAGGUGGGGCUGGGGCGCACCCUUCGGCUCUGGAAAUCGAGACCCUUUAUUGGAAGGCCACCGUGGACAAGCCCUUCUCGGUGGAGUACGCGAACGACAUGCCGGGCUCGGCCUUCGUGCCGUUUAGUCCGAAGAAAAGCAGGGAGGUGGGGUGGGAGGGUGUGAGCCUUGGCGAGACCGCGUGGAACAUGAGGGGGGUAUCGCGGUCGAAUGGGUCUCUGUUGAGGUUCAUGAAGGAGGAGAUUCCUGGGGUCACGUCUCCGAUGGUGUACGUAGCCAUGUUGUUUAGCUGGUUCGCUUGGCACGUGGAGGAUCACGACCUGCACAGCUUGAAUUACCUGCACAUGGGGGCCGGGAAGACGUGGUACGGCGUGCCUAGGGACGCCGCGGUCGCGUUCGAGGAGGUGGUCAGGGUUCAUGGCUAUGGAGGAGAGAUCAACCCUCUUGUUACUUUUGCUAUUCUUGGGGAGAAGACCACAGUGAUGUCACCUGAAGUGUUUAUUAGUGCAGGGGUUCCAUGUUGCAGGUUAGUGCAAAAUGCUGGGGAAUUUGUUGUCACUUUCCCACGAGCCUAUCAUACAGGGUUCAGUCAUGGAUUUAAUUGUGGGGAGGCAGCUAAUAUUGCAACUCCUGAAUGGUUGAGGGUCGCUAAAGAUGCUGCUGUUAGAAGAGCUUCUAUCAAUUAUCCUCCCAUGGUGUCUCAUUUCCAGUUACUUUAUGAUCUUGCACUAGCAUUAUGUUCAAGAAUACCUGCGAGCAUCAGUGCUGAACCACGAAGUUCUCGACUAAAAGAUAAGAAAAAGGGUGAAGGAGAAACAGUGGUUAAAGAGCUAUUUGUACAGAACGUUGUACAGAAUAAUGACCUGCUUCGCAUUCUUGGAAACGGAUCUUCAGUUGUACUGCUUCCUCAAAGUUCUUUUGACAUAUCCGUUUGUUCAAAAUUACGUGUUGGAUCCCAGUUAAGAGUAAACACCAGCUUGGCCUCUGGUUUAUGCAGUUCUGGGGAAGUGAUGAAAAUGAAAUCCUCAAGUGUAGUUUCUGAUGAUCUUGUGCGAGACAGGAACCGGGGAAUUGGGCAAGUGAAAGGUUCCCUUCCAGUGAAAGGAAAUUUUGGCUCUUUGUAUGAGAGGAACAGAAUAUCCUCAUUGAGUAGAUUUAAUAACAUGUGCUCCUCAAAUUCCAAGACACUGAAUACAGACAGUGAAAGAGAGAACACAAUUCAAAGCGAUGGGUUGUCAGAUCAGAGACUAUUUUCAUGUGUCACAUGUGGAAUUCUAAGCUUUGCUUGUGUUGCCAUCAUUCAACCGAGAGAACCAACUUCUAGACACCUCAUGUCAGCUGAUUUUAGCUUCUUUAAUGAUUGGGUUGUUGGUUCUAGAGUAGCUGGUGAUGGGUUUAACAUUGCUAACGGCAGUGCAAUUACUUCUGAUCAGGAUAUUGGUACAGAACGGAUGGAGAAAAGUGCCCCAGAUGGUUUAUAUGAUGUCCCUGUUCAAUCUGUCGAUUACCAAAUUGAGAUGGCAGAUCAAAGUCAUGAAGUGGUUUCUAAUACUGAAUCACAGAGAGACACUACUGCUCUUGGCCUAUUAGCUUCGACUUAUGGAAAUUCAUCUGACUCUGAGGAGGAUCAGGGUGAACCAGAUUUUCCUACAUGUGCUGAUGAAACUAAAUUGAUAAAUGUUUCAUCAGAAAGUAUAUAUCGACAUGAUAAUUCUGGUUCGCCUCCCAUGCAAGAUUGCCCCCAUGGUGCAACUGGAGUUCUCAAGAAUGGAAGUCAUCGAACUUCUGACUGCUCUGUUGAGUUUAGAAGUGAUGAUCGUACUUCCUCAAAGUCAAAUGGAUUGGAGGGUAUAUUAAGUGAUCCAAUGACAGUAUCCCAUAUAUCAUCAGAUUGUUCUCCAGAUGCCCAUGAUACUGAGAAAACGAAGUUUGGCAAGCCAAUUGCACCAACAGAGAAUGCAAAUAUGUCAUUGGCUCCAAGAUCUGAUGAAGACUCUUCUAGAAUGCAUGUCUUCUGUCUUGAGCAUGCCAUAGAAGUAGAGCAGCAACUUCGUGCUAUAGGAGGAGUACAUAUAUUGCUCCUUUGUCAUCCAGAUUAUCCCAAGAUAGAGGCUGAAGCAAAGUUGCUGGCAGAAGAACUGGGAAUUGAUUAUCCCUCGAAUGAUAUCACAUUCAGAAGUGCCACCAAAGAGGAUGAGGACAGGAUCCGGUCAGCUCUGGAUAGUCAGGAAGCAAUUCCUGGCAAUGGGGAUUGGGCUGUAAAGCUUGGAAUCAAUCUCUUUUACAGUGCCAACCUUAGUGGCUCUACUCUUUAUAGUAAGCAGAUGCCUUACAAUUUUGUUAUUUAUAAUGCAUUUGGCCGUAGUUCUCCAGCUAGCUCGCCUAGAAAAGCUAGUGUCUACAGAAGGAGGAGGUCUGGCAGGCAGAAAAAAGUAGUGGCAGGGCAAUGGUGUGGGAAAGUCUGGAUGUCACAUCAGGUUCAUCCCUUUUUGGCAAAAGGGGAUCCCGAUGAUGAAGAAGAAGAAGAAGACAGAAGCUUCCAAACUUGGACAAUGCCAGAUGCGAAGAUUGAGAGAAAAACAGAAAGUACAGCAGUUAAAAGUGAAGCCACCACGAUUAUCAGAAAAUAUCGUAGGAAGAGAAAGAUGACAGUAGAAAGUGGGUCUACCAAAAAAGCCAAAUGUAUUGAUAGAGAAGAUGCAGUUUCAGAUUAUUCUGUGGAAGAUACUUCUCAGCGGCAGCAUAGCAGGACCCUUAGAGGCAAGCCUGCCAAAUCUAUAGAUAGAGACAAUGCAGUUUCAGACGAUUCAUCGGAGAAUAAUUCUCAUCAGCUACAUAAGAGGACUUCUAAAAGCAAGGAAGCCUUUUUUGAUGAGAGAGAAGAUGCAGUUUCAGAUGAUUCACUGGAGGAUAAUUCUCAUCUGCGGCAUAGGAGGAUUCUUAGAGGCAAGCAACCCAAAUAUUUAGAGAGAGAAGAUGCAAAUUCAGACGGUUCACCAGGGAAUAAUUCUCAUCAGCAUAAUAGGAGGAUUGCUAAAAGCAAGAUUGGGAGAGAAGCAUCUUCCGAUGAUUCACGGGAGGAUAAUUCUCAUCAGCAGAUUAGGAGAGUUCCUAGAAGGAAUCAAGCCAAAUGCAUUGAGAGAGAAGAUGCAGUUUCAGAUGAUUCCCUUGGGGAUAAUUCACAUCAGCAGCACCAGAGGCUUCCAAAAAUCAAGCAAGCCAAACGCAUUGAGAGAGAAGAUGCAGUUUCAGAUGAUUCCCUUGGGGAUAAUUCACAUCUGCAGCAUCGGAGGCUUCCUAAAAUCAAGCAAGCCAAAGGGAUUGAGAGAGAAGAUGCAGUUUCAGAUGAUUCCCUUGGGGAUAAUUCACAUCUGCAGCAUCGGAGGCUUCCUAAAAUCAAGCAAGCCAAAGGGAUUGAGAGAGAAGAUGCAGUCUCGAAUAUUUCACUGGAUGAUAAUUCUCAUCAUCAGCAUAGGAGGAUUCUUCGCAGCAAGAGAAUGAAACCAGAGAUCUGUCAGCAAAUGAAGAAAGAGACUGCUCGGCAUGUGAAACACGGGACUUCUCAGGCUACAAAACAGGUGACCCGUCGGGUUAUGAAAAAAGCUACCCCUCAACAAAUUAAACAACGAACUCCCCGGCUUCGGAAUAAUCAAUCUGAACAGAAUGCUAGCCGGUUUGGUUUAUAUAUUGAAGAGGACCCGGAAGGUGGACCUAGCACACGCCUUAGGAAGAGAACCCCAAAGCCCCCAAAAGAGUCUGAAGCCAAACCAAAUGAGAAGCAGCAAACUAGUAGGAAAAAAGUUAAGAAGAAUGCUUCUGCUGUGAAGGCUUCAGCUGGACACUAUGAUCCAAAAGUGGCGGAUGAGGAAGUAGAAUUCCUGUGUGAUGUUGAGGGCUGCACCAUGAGUUUUGGCUCAAAACAAGAGCUCACCUUGCAUAAAAGAAACGUCUGUCCAGUGAAGGGCUGUGGGAAAAAGUUCUUCUCGCAUAAAUAUCUGGUGCAGCACCGGCGAGUUCAUCUGGAUGACCGUCCUCUUAAGUGCCCUUGGAAGGGCUGCAAGAUGACAUUCAAGUGGGCAUGGGCUCGAACUGAACACAUUAGGGUUCACACAGGUGCUCGUCCCUAUGUCUGUGCGGAGCCAGGCUGUGGGCAGACAUUCCGGUUUGUGUCAGAUUUCAGUCGCCACAAGCGGAAGACCGGGCAUUCAGCAAAGAAGGGAAGGGGGUGAUUUUAAUGGAAGAGGAAUGUAAUUUUUCAUUGCUAGUUAAUAUGUUGUUCAAUUGACAGGGUUAGGGCUAGGUUUCAACAUAGGGUUAGGUUUUCUCUGCAAUUGCCAUUCAGAGCAACUGUUAAUUAUGCUUGCCUGGGGUCUUCAUUGGACCCAGUUGUUUACUGCCACCUGAGCAAUUGCUUGGAUGCUCAACAAUUCUUAUCCAAUGAAUCUCACAUGCUAAUCCUGCUAA